UGAUUGGACGGAGGGCGGCGAUUCCUUCUGUCACGAUUUGGGUCGCUCCCACCGGAGGACACCGACCGUCUGAGUCCAGCCUUUACCGGGGUGCCGAGCAGAGGAGACACCGGGAGGAAGAGGGGGGCUUUUUCUUCUCAGGGGCUGCGCUGACAACUCGUCCUUCCUGUCGGUGCCGGUGAGGGAGGAGAAGGGGGGAAGGUAGAGAAGGAGGGAGAUCAUCAGUGCUGGAGCGACCAGCCGCCUUUUUUCUUCUGUCAAGGCUGCGGUAAAAGUCGUCCACGAUGCCGGUGUUUCACACCAAGACCAUCGAGAGUAUCCUGGAGCCGGUGGCCCAGCAGAUCUCCCACCUGGUCAUCAUGCACGAGGAGGGGGAGGUGGACGGUAAAGCCAUCCCGGAUCUGACGGUGCCGGUGGCGGCGGUGCAGGCGGCAGUCAGCAACCUUGUGCGGGUGGGGAAGGAAACAGUUCAAACCACAGAGGACCAGUUGAUGAAGAGAGACAUGCCUCCUGCGUUCAUUAAGGUGGAGAACUCGUGUUCUAAGCUCGUCCAGGCGGCUCAGAUGCUGAAGGCAGAUCCAUACUCUGUUCCUGCACGAGAUUACCUGAUCGAUGGAUCCAGAGGGAUACUGUCUGGAACGUCCGACCUGCUCCUCACCUUCGAUGAGGCCGAGGUGCGUAAGAUAAUUCGUGUGUGUAAAGGAAUCCUCGAGUAUCUGUCAGUAGCUGAAGUGGUGGAAACCAUGGAGGACCUCAUCACUUACACCAAGAACCUCGGACCAGGUAUGACCAAAAUGUCAAAGAUGAUUGAGGAGAGGCAGCAGGAGCUUACGCACCAAGAACACAGACAGAUGCUCCUCAGCUCCAUGAACACCAUCAAAGAGCUGCUGCCGGUUCUUAUCUCAGCUAUAAAGAUUUUUGUCGCUACCAAGAGCACUCGAGGUGCCGGUGUUGAGGAGGCAGAGAGGAACCGAAAGUUUACCUUUGAAAAGAUGAGCGCUGAAAUCAACGAGAUCAUAAGAGUCUUACAGCUCACCACGUGGGAUGAAGACGCCUGGGCCAAUAAGGAUAUGGAGGCUUUGAAGAGAUCUCUGGCUUUGAUUGAGUCAAAGAUGGCACAAGCUAAAAGCUGGCUCAAAGACCCUCAUGGACAACCAGGAGACCCUGGUGAGGUGGCGCUGCGUGUGAUAAUGGAUGAAGCUGGUAAGGUGGGAGAGUUGUGUGCUGGGAGGGAGAGGAAAGACAUACUGGCAACCACCAGGGCUCUGGGCCAAAUGACCGACCAGAUCGCAGAUCUGCGAGUCAGAGGCCAGGGCCCGACCCCAGGCUGUGUGCAGCGAGCAGGCCAGUGCUCACAGGGCUUAGACUUGUUAUUUGGCAAAGUGGACAGUGCUGCCCGCAGACUGGAGGCUCUAAUCAAUGCCAAGCAGGCCAUCGCCAGGAGGCUGGAUGCUGCACAGGCCUGGCUGGCUGACCCUAAUGGUGGUCCUGAAGGGGAGGAGAACAUCAGAGCGCUACUAGCAGAGGCCAAACGCAUUGCCGAUCUAUGUGAAGACCCCAAAGAGAGGGAUGACAUCCUGCGCUCCAUAAGUGAGAUUGCAGGACUCACCGCCAGGCUGAUGGAGCUCCGCAGACAGCUCAGACUGCAACCUCAUGCUACGAAUACAUGGCACAUUUUACCUGCAUGGAAAAUAUGUUGUUGCCUCCAAACUUUGGGCAUCAGUCCUACAAUAAGGGGUAAAGGUGAUACUCCGGAGGCCCGUGCAUUGGCAAAGCAGAUUGGAGCAGCACUGCUGACCCUGCAGUCUAAAACCAACCGGGCCGUGGCUAACAUGAGACCAGCGAAGCCCGCCGUCACCUUGGAGGGCAAGAUGGAGCAGGCCCUCCGCUGGGUGAGCAACCCUGGAGUGGACGACAGAGGAGUGGAGUGUGAGAUGCUACAGUGGAACACAGGUCAGGCAGCAAUCAGAGGAAUGGUUGGGGAAGGAAGGCGGCUGGCAGGAGGCCUGUUAGGCCCAUAUCGACAGGAUAUGGUUGGGCGCUGCGACCGAACGGAGGGUCUAAUGACAUCGUUGGCAGACAUGGCCGGCAGGGGUGAGGCUGAAGCUCCUCAUGCACGAGCUACAGCUGCACAACUGCAGGACUCACUGAAGGACCUGAGACAGCACAUGCAGGAGGUGAUGACCCAGGAAGUAUCUGAUGUUUUUAGUGACACCACCACUCCCAUUAAACUGCUGGCCGUGGCUGCAACUGCCCCUCCUGAUGCCCCCAACAGACAGGAGGUUUUCGAAGAGCGUGCAGGGAACUUUGAGACCCACGCCGGUCGGCUGGGGGCGACCGCUGAGAAGGCUGCUGCUGUGGGAACAGCCAAUAAGAGUACAGUAGAGGGGAUACAUGCUGCUGUGAAACAUGCCAGAGAGCUCACGCCACAGGUGACCUCUGCUGCUCGGAUCUUGCUGAAGAAUCCUGGUAACAAAGCAGCAUAUGAGCACUUUGACACCAUGAAGAACCAGUGGAUUGACAACGUGGAGAGACUCACUGGUCUGGUGGAUGAGGCCAUCGACACCAAAUCUCUGUUAGACGCUUCUGAGGAGGCUAUAAAGAAAGACAUAGACAAGUGCCGAGUUGCCAUGGCAAAUGUUCAGCCCCAAAUGCUUGUUGCCGGGGCAACAAGCAUAGCCAGACGAGCUAAUCGGGUCCUGUUGGUGGCUAAAAGGGAAGUCGAGAACUCUGAAGAUCCGCGGUUCAGAGACACUGUGAAACACGCCUCAGACAUCCUCUCACACACCAUCUCACCCAUGGUGAUGGAUGCCAAGGCCGUGGCUGGGAACAUACAAGAUAAAGCUCUGCAGAAAGCUUAUUUGGACUCAUGUCUGAGGAUCUUGGCUGCAGUCGGAAAAGUUAGAGAAGCCUUCCAACCUCAAGAGCCUGACUUCCCUCCUCCACCGCCUGACCUGGACCAGCUCCACGUUAGUGAUGAACAAGCGCCACCUAAGCCUCCUUUGCCAGAGGGCGAGGUGCCUCCGCCUCGGCCUCCUCCUCCAGAGGAAAAGGAUGAGGAGUUCCCGGAGCAGAAGGCUGGAGAGGUGCUCAGCGAGCCCAUGAUGGUGGCAGCCAGGCAGCUGCACGAUGAGGCACGCAAGUGGUCCAGCAAGCCUGAGGAUGAGGAGGCAGUAGAGGAGAGGGAGGUAGAUGAUGAAGAUGAGUUUACUGAUGGUGAGGAUGACUAUGAGCCAGAGCUGCUGAUGAUGCCCUCCAACCAGCCUGUCAAUCAACCCAUUCUGGCAGCUGCCCAGUCUCUCCACCAGGAGGCGCGCAAGUGGUCCAGCAAGGGCAACGACAUCAUAGCAGCAGCCAAGCGGAUGGCUCUGCUGAUGGCAGAAAUGUCUCGACUGGUGCGCGGCGGAAGCGGGAACAAGCGGGCGCUGAUCCAGUGUGCUAAGGACAUUGCCAAGGCAUCAGAUGAGGUGACGAGACUGGCUAAAGAGGUGGCCAAGCAGUGCACCGACAGACGCAUCAGAACUAAUCUGCUGCAGGUUUGUGAGCGAAUCCCAACUAUCAGUACUCAGCUGAAGAUCCUGUCUACUGUCAAAGCCACCAUGCUGGGACGGACAAACAUCAGUGAAGAGGAGUCAGAGCAGGCCACAGAGAUGCUGGUCCACAACGCCCAGAAUCUGAUGCAGUCCGUGAAGGAGACGGUGAGAGAAGCCGAAGCAGCUUCCAUCAAGAUCCGCACAGAUGCAGGAUUCACCCUCCGCUGGGUGCGCAAGACCCCCUGGUACCAAUAAACAUACCUGGUCACUGAAACUAGCAAACACUCUUAACUUUGCAUAAAUAGCACAAGCCUUGAGUAUAAGUAGUGAUGUGCCAACUCACUAUGAGCGAGCAUGUGCACCUCAAGAGGAAGCUGCAGGAUUUUGAGCCGUUCUCCACUGUAGUUUGGGUGUGCGCGUCAGGAAUCUUCAGAUUUGGUACCACGCAGGUUUCAUUUAUUGGAGUGAGUUCAGCUUUGCUCUCCAGUUUCUUUAAUCUGUAACUGUGGAGUCACGCAGGCUUAUGGGAGACAGUUUUUAAUAUAUAUUUUUGGUAUGUUGUGUUACGAGACUUUAUCCAAAUCCCAGGUAUAUAUUUUUUGCAUGAAAAUUUUUUCUAUUUUCUAAAGGCAAAUUAUGACAUUAAGGUACUAGAGGACGUUUACUUUGCAUUCAGUUUUUUUUUCCAGUGAGAGUUUCUUAUUGUCUAAUGUACAUACAAUAAUAAUUUGUUUUAUGGACAAUACUCAGCUAUGAGGUUUAACACUAAAGUGUGGAGUCUUGCGUGAGCUGAUGAGCUCUCCUCUCUUCAUGUUUACUUGUAGUGAUAACGCUGUUCUUAACUAAAGAUCUACGAAUUCAUAGGUGAUACAUCAUCACUGCUGUCCGGUGACGUUUAUACUUGAACAACUAAAAAGUCUUCUGGAUUGAAGCGUUAUAGAUACAGAUGAUACAGUUUCAAAAGUAUAAUUUGAAAAAAAAAAAGUGUAUGGUUGUCAGUCACAAAGCUGUAUUUUGUUGAUUGAGGAAGAGGUUUAGAUGUUUUUAAUGCGUGUUUUGAGUUUUUAUGUUUUCAUUUUAUUUAACUUUCACAGUGAACAAAACCAAAGGAUUUAUUUUACUGUAAGCUUCAUAAAGUUCUUAACACUAAAAAUCCAGGUUAUUACAAACAACACUACAGACCAUUUUCUUUAGAGACCCUGGAACACUUUUUGAGGUCUGUUAUUUUUUAGCAAAAAAAAGUUGUGAAUGUUUCCCUCUGCUUUGCAUCUUUUUUUAAAUCUACUUGUAGUUUUUUUGUGUCUGCACUCUGUAACAGUUGAACUGUUUGGGAUUUUUCAAACGUUAUCAAAGCCAAUGAUUUUACAGCCUUUCAUCAUCUGGUUUUUAGACUUUUCUCCACUUGUGAUCUCAGUAGUCCCACUCUGAUGCUCUAAAGCAUCACUUUAAAACCAUUUUUUAGAUGACCCCGGUGGUUUGACAACAAAAACAAGCUUUUUUUUAUGUGAUAUCACAUGUUGAUGCCAGCCUCACAGUCUAGACAUUUUCAGGUUUAAAUCCAAAAAAACUGUUUAAAAUAAGUGUAACUGGGAUUAAAGGAAUAAAGAUUGGUGAGUCUAUAUUGCAAGUAACUAGAUCAGUGAAUGCAUAUUUUCAUUCAUUCAUUUUUUUUUUAUAAAGGCUGACUAAAGUUAAAUGUUAAAUGGAGGUUCUGUAAGUGUGUGUCUGUGUGAAGUCUCUUCACCUGAACAGUAUUAGUGAGUUGUCCCCAUGAUGAUCGGGGACUGAGCCCUGAAUAGCAGCACAGAAUGUUAACUGCAUUUUCAUUUUUAUUUGGGCCUACUGAGCAUGUAGCAGUCACUGACCCCUCACUGAGAGCGACAGGGUGUAGAUCUGUGUGUACUUGAUGUGUUCAUUCACACCCUGAAUGUAUUCUGAUAGCUUCUAGCCCUGCCAACACAUCUGCUGUGCCUUGGAAGAAUAAAAGAUUGUAAAGAUGA